CCUUCCCCAGCCACCAGGGUAGGCGCCCGUUCCUGGUUACCGUGGCAACCGCGAGGAGCCCUAGCCAGCUCUGCUACUGCAGUCCUAGCCGGGAUGCAGCGGUGAGAAAGGACAGACCGAGGCAGACCCCGAGUUCUUCAUUCCUUCUUCGCUGCUCCGGAUUCCGAGAGAGCAAGGGAAGAAGGCACAAGGAUGAAAGAAGCGUGUCUUGGGGCCUCCCAGUGAGAACCUUUGAUGGGAUUCUAGCUGGAAGGUGGAGUCACUGCACUUAGGAUGCGUGCAGCCACAGAAGCAGCACCUGUGUCCUGAGGACCAGCCAACCUGGGGGAGGCAAGCUCUCGCCGGUCGUCGAGGAAGAUGCGGUGUGAAGCCCCAGUCCGUGAGUACCAUCAAAUCUUCCCCUGGAUUAAGGUGACAGUGCCAGGUGGAUCAGCACCAUUCCACCGCCCCUCUGUGGAGCUGUGCCAAGAGUAGGGGAACAUGGAGGAGAGGAAGCAGGAGACAACGAACCAAGCUCACGUCCUCUUUGACCGCUUUGUCCAGGCCACCACCUGCAAGGGGACCCUCAGGGCCUUCCAAGAGCUCUGUGACCACCUGGAGCUGAAGCCCAAAGACUACCGUUCCUUCUACCACAAGCUCAAGUCCAAGCUCAACUACUGGAAGGCCAAAGCCCUCUGGGCCAAAUUGGACAAGCGGGGCAGUCACAAAGACUACAAAAAGGGCAAAGCCUGCACCAACACAAAGUGUCUCAUCAUUGGAGCUGGCCCCUGUGGGCUCCGCACAGCCAUCGACUUGUCCUUGUUGGGAGCCAAGGUGGUUGUUAUUGAAAAGCGAGAUGCCUUCUCCCGCAACAAUGUCUUACAUCUUUGGCCCUUCACCAUACAUGAUCUCCGAGGUCUGGGUGCCAAGAAAUUCUACGGCAAGUUCUGUGCCGGAGCCAUUGACCAUAUCAGUAUCCGUCAGCUCCAGCUAAUCCUCUUGAAGGUAGCCUUGAUCUUGGGCAUUGAGAUCCACGUCAAUGUAGAAUUCCAAGGACUUGUUCAGCCUCCUGAGGACCAAGAGAAUGAACGGAUAGGAUGGCGAGCAUUGGUGCACCCUAAAACUCAUCCUGUAUCAGAAUAUGAAUUUGAAGUCAUUAUCGGUGGAGAUGGGCGUAGGAACACCUUGGAAGGAUUUCGUAGAAAAGAAUUUCGUGGCAAGCUAGCCAUUGCCAUUACAGCAAAUUUCAUCAACCGCAACACAACCGCAGAGGCCAAAGUGGAGGAGAUCAGUGGCGUGGCUUUUAUAUUCAACCAAAAAUUUUUCCAGGAGCUGAGAGAAGCCACAGGUAUUGACUUAGAGAACAUCGUCUACUACAAAGAUGACACACACUACUUUGUCAUGACGGCCAAAAAGCAGAGUUUGCUGGACAAAGGGGUGAUACUGCAUGACUACACAGACACAGAGCUGUUGCUCUCCCGGGAGAAUGUGGACCAGGAGGCCCUGCUGAACUAUGCCCGGGAGGCGGCAGACUUCUCUACCCAGCAGCAGCUGCCUUCUCUGGAUUUUGCCAUCAAUCACUACGGGCAGCCAGACGUGGCCAUGUUCGACUUUACCUGCAUGUACGCCUCUGAAAAUGCCGCCUUGGUACGGGAACAGAACGGACACCAGUUACUAGUAGCUUUGGUUGGGGACAGCCUCCUGGAGCCUUUCUGGCCAAUGGGGACAGGAAUAGCCCGGGGCUUUCUGGCUGCUAUGGACUCUGCCUGGAUGGUACGAAGCUGGUCUCUGGGCACCAGCCCCUUGGAAGUCUUGGCAGAAAGGGAAAGCAUUUAUAGGCUGCUGCCUCAGACCACCCCUGAGAACGUGAGCAAAAACUUCAGCCAGUAUAGCAUCGACCCUGUCACUAGGUAUCCCAAUAUUAACAUCAACUUCCUCAGGCCAAGCCAGGUGCGCCAUUUAUACGAUAGUGGAGAAACAAAAGAUAUUCAUCUGGAAAUGGAGAACCUGGUGAAUUCCCGGACCACUCCCAAGCUGACUCGCAAUGAGUCUGUGGCCCGUUCAAGCAAGCUGCUGGGGUGGUGCCAAAGGCAGACAGACGGCUAUUCAGGAAUAAAUGUGACAGAUCUCACUAUGUCUUGGAAAAGUGGCUUGGCCCUGUGUGCGAUCAUCCACAGAUACCGCCCUGAUCUAAUAGACUUUGAUUCUUUGGAUGAGCAAAAUGUGGAGAAGAAUAACCAGCUGGCCUUUGACAUCGCUGAGAAGGAACUGGGCAUCUCUCCCAUCAUGACCGGCAAGGAGAUGGCUUCAGUGGGGGAGCCGGACAAGUUGUCCAUGGUGAUGUACCUCACGCAGUUCUACGAGAUGUUCAAGGACUCCCUCUCCUCCAGCGACACCCUGGACCUGAACGCAGAGGAGAAAGCUGUCCUGAUAGCCAGCACCAAAUCCCCCAUCUCCUUCCUGAGCAAGCUCGGACAGACCAUCUCUCGGAAGCGUUCACCCAAGGAUAAAAAGGAAAAGGAUUCAGAUGGGGCUGGAAAGAGGAGAAAAACAAGUCAAUCAGAGGAGGAGGAGCCUCCCCGGAGCUACAGAGGAGAAAGGCCCACCGUGGUGAGCACCCUGACAGACAGACGGAUGGAUGCUGCUGUUGGGAACCAGAACAAAGUAAAGUACAUGGCAACCCAGCUGCUGGCCAAGUUUGAAGAGAAUGCGCCUGCUCAAGCCACUGGCGUGAGGAGACAGCCAACACAAGAGCGUGGGGUCAGCCAGCGGUCCUGUUGCCUGCCAGAGCAGGGUCGCCCUGCUCCCAUCCCCCAGUGGAAACAGGGCUCCAUAAAGAAAGAGUUCCCGCAGAACCUGGGGGGCAGCGACACGUGCUACUUCUGCCAAAAGCGGGUCUACGUGAUGGAGAGGCUGAGCGCCGAGGGCAAGUUCUUCCAUCGCAGCUGCUUCAAGUGUGAGUACUGCGCCACCACGCUGCGCCUGUCAGCCUACGCCUACGACAUCGAGGACGGCAAAUUCUACUGUAAGCCGCACUACUGUUACCGACUAUCUGGCUACGCACAGAGGAAGAGACCAGCGGUGGCUCCUCUGUCUGGAAAGGAAGCCAAAGGAACCCUGCAGGAUGGCCCCACUGCAGAUGCAAACGGACUGGCCAGCGUUGCCGCCAGCUCAGCCGAGAGAAGCCCAGGUACGAGCAUGAACGGCCUGGAGGAGCCCAGCAUCGCCAAGAGGCUGAGGGGCACCCCAGAGAGGAUCGAGCUGGAGAACUGCCGCCGAUCUGUGAGGCAGGUAGAGGAGCUGGAGGAAGUGCCCGAGGAGACGCAGGCCGAGCAUAACCUGAGCAGCGUGUUAGACAAAGGCACCGAAGAGGACGUGGCCAGCAGCAGUUCUGAGUCAGAGAUGGAGGAGGAGGAAGAGGAAGAUGAUGAAGAUGAUCAGCUCCCCACCUCUGACCUGGGCGGGGUUCCCUGGAAGGAGGCAGUCAGGAUCCACGCCCUUCUGAAGGGAAGGAGUGAAGAGGAGCUAGAAGCCUCCAAGAACUUUGAGCCCGAGGAAGAGGAGGAGGAAGAGGACUAUGAAGAGGAUGAAGAAUACGAUGAGGAGGAAGAGGAGGAGUCCAGUGAAGCCGGGAACAAGAGGCUGCAGCAGAUCAUAACCGCAGCGGAUCCCUUGGCAAUCCAGGCUGAUGUGCACUGGACACACAUCCGUGAGAGAGAGGCAGAGGAGAGGAUCCUCCCACCCUCUGAGUCCUCCACUUCUAGAGCCCCUCUGGAUGAGGAUGACCUAGAAGAGGACGUGGACUCUGAGCCAGCAGAGACCGAAGGGGAAGCUGCGGAGGAUGGAGACCCUGGCGACACCGGUGCUGAACUGGAUGAUCAGCACUGGUCUGACGACAUCCCCUCCGAAGCUGAAACGGAGCAUCGCUUACAGAGCCAGGCCCAGGUGAAAGCAGAGCUGGAGCUGAGAGUGUCGGAAAAUGAGGAAGAGAAGUCAUCUGCUAUGCCAAAGCAAGAGGAGAGAGGUCCUUCCCAAGUCUCCAGCCCUAGCCAGCCACCUCAGAAACAAGGUGUUCUGUUCCCUGCAGCCCGCAGCCCUGGGGCAGAGGAGGCCAAACCCUCACUUGCCUCCAGUGUCACCAAGGUGAAGUCCCCUGAGGAGCCACUGUUUCCUGCACCUCUGCCCCUCAGAGAAAAGCCCCAAGCUGAAACCCCUGAAGAACAGAAAACUGUGCGCUCGCCCAUCCGAUCACAGCCUGUGGCCCUGCCAGAAGCCAGGUCACCUACCUCACCCACCAGCUUACAGCCAGAGUCUCUGCUGGCCCCUCCCACUCCUCCCACACCCCCCUCCACCCAACCCCCCAUCUGUUCCCAACCUCAGCCUUCCACGGACACCUCCAUCCCGUCGCCCACCAAGUCCCCCAUACGCUUCCAGCCAGUUCCAGCCCAAACAUCCACACCCCUGUCCCCAGUCCCUGUGAAGAGCCAAGGAGACCCCACAGACAGACUCGGUGGCCCUCUGGCUGUGGAGGAGGCCCUGAAGCGGAGUGAUCUGGUGGAAGAAUUCUGGAUAAAGAGUGCUGAGAUCCGCCGCAGCCUGGGCCUUACUCCUGUGGACCGGAACAAGGGCUCAGAGCCCCGCCUCCCCUCCCCUGCCUUGAAACCAAUAUCCCUAAAGUCCUACUCAGUUGACAAGUCACCUCAAGAUGAGGGUCUCUGCCUUCUGAAACCCCCACCUGUUCCUAAAAGGUUGGGCCUGCCAAAGUCAGCCGGUGACCAGCCCCCACUGCUGACCCCAAAGUCACCCUCUGACAAGGAGCUGAGGAGCAACCAAGAGGAACGAAGGGACCUGUCCAGCAGCUCAGGCCUAGGUCUCCAUGGCAGCUCCUCCAACAUGAAGACCUUGGGGAGCCAGAGCUUCAACACCUCAGACUCUACCAUGCUCACUCCACCUUCCAGCCCACCCCCGCCCCCACCCCCCAACGAGGAGCCUGCAACCCUUCGAAGGAAACCCCAUCAGACUUUUGAGCGCAGGGAAGCCUCAGUUAUCCCACCUCCCACCCCUGCCUCAUUCAUACGGCCCCCACGGGAGCCAGCCCAGCCCCCCAGGGAGGAGGUUCGGAAAUCCUUUGUGGAGAGCGUGGAUGAGAUCCCCUUUGCUGAUGAUGUGGAGGACACUUACGAUGAUAAGACUGAGGACUCCAGUCUGCAGGAGAAGUUCUUCACACCCCCCUCCUGCUGGUCCCGAUCAGAGAAGCUCCAGGCCAAGGAGAAUGGGCGGCUGCCCCCCUUGGAGCAUGAUGUGCAGCCACAGAAAAGGGGACUGCCUCUGGUCUCCGCAGAAGCCAAGGAGCUGGCAGAGGAGCGCAUGCGGGCCCGGGAGAAGUCUGUGAAGAGCCAGGCACUGCGAGAUGCCAUGGCCAAACAGCUGAGCAGGAUGCAGGCCAUGGAGAUGAUGUCCUCCAGGUCCCGCCCAGCACCAUCCCAGGGCAAGGAACUAGGCUCCGAGUCCAUCAAGCACCCAAGCUUCCGGGGCUCCCAGGAGCCCACCCUGAAGCACGAAGCUACCAGCGAAGAUAUCCUCUCCCCUCCAUCAGACUCAGGAGGCCCUGAUGGCUCUGUCACCUCAUCCGAGGGCUCCAGUGGAAAGAGCAAAAAGAGGUCGUCCCUCUUCUCCCCCCGAAGGAACAAGAAAGAGAAGAAACCCAAAGGGGAAAGCCGCGCCCCAGAGAAACCCAGCCCAGGCCUCCCAGAGGACGUGGCAGCUAAGCCCAAGUCCCUGUGGAAAUCAGUCUUCUCCGGGUACAAGAAGGACAAGAAGAAAAAGAGCGAUGAGAAAUCGUGUUCCAGCACACCGUCCAGUGGCGCCACAGUGGACUCCGGCCAGCGCAGGGCAUCUCCAAUGGUGAGAGCAGAGCUGCAGCUCCGGCGCCAGCUGAGUUUCUCAGAAGACUCAGACCUGUCCAGUGAUGACAUUCUUGAGAGGUCUUCCCAGAAGUCCAAGCGAGAGUCGAUUUAUGUACCACACGCCUUGGCGUUCAGGAGAGCCUAUUCAUCAAAGCCCAGAACCUACACAGAGGAGGAGCUGAGUGCCAAGCUGACACGGCGUGUACAGAAGGCAGCUCGGAGACAGGCCAAGCAGGAGGAGCUGAAGCGGCUGCACCGAGCCCAGAUCAUCCAGCGGCAACUGGAGCAAGUGGAGGAGAAGCAGAGGCAGCUGGAGGAGAGGGGCGUUGCAGUAGAGAAGGCUCUGCGAGGCGAAGCAGUUGAGCCCAGUGGCGGGACUCCACGGCGUAGACCUCUCUCCUUCUGCCCUUGCUGUGUCCAGGAAGGCAUGGGUAAGAAGGAUGACCCCAAGCUGAUGCAGGAGUGGUUCAAGCUGGUGCAGGAGAAAAACGCCAUGGUGCGCUACGAGUCAGAGCUGAUGAUUUUUGCUCGGGAGCUGGAGCUAGAAGACCGGCAGAGUCGGCUGCAGCAGGAGCUGAGGGAACGGAUGGCCGUGGAAGAUCACCUGAAGACAGAGGAGGAGCUGUCAGAGGAGAAGACGAUCCUGAACGAGAUGCUGGAGGUGGUGGAGCAGAGAGACUCGCUGGUGGCCCUGCUGGAGGAGCAGCGACUGAGGGAGAAAGAGGAAGACAAGGACCUGGAGGCUGCUAUGCUGUGCAAGGGCUUCAGCCUGGACUGGUCCUGAGCCUGCCGGCCAUUGUGUCUGGUAGAUUGGCACCCACCUGACCCGGCUGUGUUCUCCUAGACCACUGGAUCCAGGUUCAGAAGAGGCCUGGCAUCCCUGGAGGGCCGUGCUCAGACACCACGCUGUGGGAAAACCCCAGGGUUCUCAUCUGAGGUGAUUCCACCUCCAAGGAGAGGGCCCCCCCAGACUUCCCACUCAGGAGGGAGGAGAUGGGUGUGUUUGGUGUGUGCCCCAGGGGGAAAACGCCUUCAGGUCCCUGAGGGCUUGCUGCCUGGCACCUCUUUCAAGUGGCUCCUCUUGAGAGCCACUGCCACCACAGAGCACCUGCAGAGCAGAGCAGCCAUUGCCCUCAUGCUCCCUGAAGCACCACCAAAGAAAGUACAGAGGCCGGCCUCUUCAGGAAAGGGCUGCGGAGAGCCAGCAGGGAGCAACGCCCCCACAGGGGUAAUGCUCACCCUGCCUGGGCAGGGGAAGUAGGCAGGUUCAUUAUGCAAGUUAGGAGGGUGCAGGAGGGGCCUGCCCCACCACACACUGGAUCCCCAGUGGCCAAGUGCCCCGGGCCUCUCACAUGGACAGUGGCCUGAAGCCCGCGGAUUGCUGUGUUUCGCUUUUAGUUCACAACCGUUUUGACACUGGAAAGUAUUGACUUUGGGAGAGCUGAAGGAGGACCCUACCUGUCAACCCCUCCCCCACCUCCUCCCCCACCCGCACCCUACCCCAGCCCACCCCUGUUGACAGAGAGGCACAGCCCCUGGUCAGCACCCACAUCAGUUACAGGAGAUGGCUCUCCUUGGCGUUUUCCUGUGUUUGCACAUCGAAACGAGACUGUCAGCCUGGCCAGACACUCAGCCACUUCGGACCCUUUUUUUGUCAAUUAACUUAUUUUUUUAAUACUUGAAAGUAAGCAACAUCAUUUUUAUACCUUUACUAAGAGACACUGCCUGUCACCUGCGCGUGGGAGUGACGACAAGGUCUUUGUACGUCCCACGCAGCCUGAUGCAAAGCUGACCUGAUUCUUGUCCAUGCAUCUAUUUAUUAGCCUUCUUAAUAGUGUUACCGGCCUGGUUGGCCCUGUGGGUCCUUGCUCACAGCUUUUCUGUCCCCUCCACCCAGCACCCUGUUCUAUUGCCACUGGACCUUUUCCAGGAGAAUAGCCUCUCUGUGCGGAUGCAUUUCAGCACCAGGAGGCCAGGCCUGGAGACAGGCUCUUCUGGUCUUUUGGGGAUCUUGGCUCUGUAGAACCCCCUUCGUCUAAUUUUGCUGCCAAGGUUUUACCUCCUGUACCUAUGUACAAGGUUGAGGCUAGCCCUUCGUCAUGCUUGCUGGGACCAAGUAGUGUGUGACCUUGUCCUUAGGCUGGCUGGUGAAAAUGUUCUACCCAGCUAGACAGGAAUAUAUGUGCUGGUCUCACCUCAACAUACCAGCCGCUCCAAUCUUCUCUGCCUAUACCAGGAUUGGCUUGGCAUGGCAAGAGCCAGGAAGCACCGUGUACCCAGAUCCAUAAACCAAGCUGUUCAUUUCUUGUGGUUCAGCCAGAGACCAGCGAGUGGGGCCAGGGUGCUUCUCUUUCAAAACAGCAGCAGCACAUGGACCAGUGCAUUCUGGAAAGGGCACCCCAGCUGGGCCUGUGGGAGGGGCUAGUGCACACAACAGCCAAGGGCCCACACUGACCCUGGACUUCCCGUGGGAACCACACCGUGCCUCAACUUGAACAUCCAUCCACCCAACUCCAGAGGAGCAAACAGCUGUCUUCUUAAACUCUUCACCUUGCGCAAAAGCUGCCAUCUCUCCUGUGGAAAUCCAGAUGUGCUGCUAGCAACCGCCACGGCUCUGACAUCAUCACUUCCCGGUCUCCGACAUGGCGGUAUUGCUAUUUUUAUUCCGUCAGAGGAGGAUGUUCUGGAUUCCAUUUUCAACCACAAUCUGCCAAUCAAACUGGACUUUGGACAGGACCUUCAUCGCCUGUGUGGCCUUCUUCUUGACCCUGUCCUCCUCCACAGUGCCACCGGCAGUCCCAUGCAGCUCAGCCCUGUCAUUCCUGCUAACCCAGAACAAGGAAACCAUUUCCUGACUGACUCAAGAAGGAUGUAGGGGCAUGCUGCAUCUCUGGUGGCCUCAGAGCAGAAGCACCAGAUGUUCCCUUCCACCUCUGUCCUGGUCAGCCAUGAUGUGUUGAUCUCUCCAAAGCACACACUGCUUCCAGCAGUCAUUAGAAAGUGGGCAGAACACUGCAGGCAGGCCUCAGAAAUGCACCAGCCUUAGGAGAUGUCCCCCAGUUCUCCAGUCAUGACAGCAUGAGGACUUCAGGCUCUCACAGAGCACUUUUUUUAGGCUCCCAGUUUGUAACCACUAGUUUGCAGUUGAUCUCAGUGGCCCAGUGUUCUCCGCCUCUGGAAAUGCAUACAGUGAUAGUCAUGCGUUCUUCCCAGGGGUUAUGUCUUCACUUGAAGGCAGGGAAGAGAGGGAUGUCUACACUUCAUACAUGCAAUGCUAGAGUGCUUUUGAGUAAACCCAAACUCAAGGCUAAGGACAGUGUGUGAGGCUCUAGCCUCUAUCCCUGGAGCAUAAGCAGAAGGCAACCCAUGACUUCCAAGUAAGAGCAUGGCCAACCCAGGUUCCCAUCCUGCUCAGUUGAUAUUUUUGCCCCCAACAGCCAUCCUUAAGGUAAUUUGACCAGCAGCUAUAGACUUAAGGUAUUUAUAGAUACUAAGAUAUUUACCGAAGUGGUGGUGCACGCCUUUAAUCCUAGCACUUGGGAGGCAGAGGCAGGCAAGAUUCCUGAAUUCCAGGCCAGCCUGGCCUACAGAGUGAGUUCCAGGACAGCCAGGGCUACACAGAGAAACCCUGUCUCAAAAAAACAAAAAAAAAACAAAAAAACAAAAACAAGUAAGGUAUUUUUCACUGGGACAGGAGAGUAGAGGCGGGGCAGCAAAUAUCGGGGGUGCUAGGAACAUAGUGCAGUGGUAGAAUGUGUGUUCAGCAUGCAGAAGGCCCAUGGUUCAAUCCCCAAUACCACAUUUAAAUUUUUUUUCAUUUGAAAAAUGGUAACAUGACCCACAAGAGGGAAUGGUCUGUUUUAUCCGCAAUAAAGUUUUGUUUGUUUGUUUUUUUAAAGAAA